AGAGUCACAUUACUCUCUCGAGUCUUAUUUUGAUUCAGAUUUUGAAAUGACAAUUGUUUAACCCUCAGUUUUUCCUUUCUGGCUGAUCAUGUUUAGCCUGAACUGACUGCGGGACUUGAGAGGUCAAACGAACUGGAGUGAAGGUCAUGAAGCAGAUAUUUCAAAGAUCUCACAUCGCCAUUCGAUGGUUCUUUUUUCUUUGGUUGUUGGCUCAUACAUCAGAUGGCGAGCAAAGAUGUUCGGAAUUUUCAAGCCCAAAGAAGAUUACAAUUUUUACCGAUGACCUAAAAUACGUAAAGUAUCCUGAGAAUAGAAAGCAGUACAGACCAGAUCAGUUAUGUGACUGGUGGAUUGAGGCUGAAGAUGAUGAUGAUGUCAUAACUAUAACUGUUGUGAGUUCGUCCAUUGAGGGGAGAGAUGUUCGGUCCCAGUGCAACAAGGACUAUGUGAAUAUAUUUGAUGUCAAGGACGACUCGCAGGUUUUCCUUGGACGGUUCUGCAGUCGAGAUCAGGACUUGACAUUUACCAGCACUGGGCCCAAGAUGGUGGUACGAUUUAUGUCGGACGCUAAUUUUCAGUACAGUGGAUUUGAGGCUAGCUUCUCCGCUGUUCCUGGGGGUGAUGACUCCGAUUCGGAUGAUGAUUCAGACAACGUGAUUCACUUGGCAGUCACCAUUCCGCUCGCUGGCCUGGUUGUUGCCAUAGUGAUGGUUUUUGCCAUCUUCGUCUUUCGAUAUCAGAGACGAAAAGCUGCCGCCCGAGGUGCAUUACAGGAGCGGGAGAGUGAACGGCGCCCGACAUCACGGCAGCUAGCCUCUCCCCGGGGGGCCAUGGGUACUUCCUCCUCAUCUGACACACGACCAUUCGUAAUGCCAGAUGUGCCUUUGCCAGCGUACUCUAGGUUGGAAACUCCGAGAGCCUCACUUCAGGUGGCCAUGCCUUCGCAAGGACCUCAUAGUGUGCCGUUUCCGAGACAGGAGCGGAGUCAAACCCCGCCUCCGGCCUAUGACGCCAUAGCUUACGGGAACCCGUACUCAGAACCUGAGGGUGUGCCCACCACUCCACCACCGUAUGAAGAAGUGGUCAGGGGAACGCAACAAGCGUUAAAUUACAGGUGAGCAGGGAUACAAAAUAUCUGCCUGGCCAUUGUGCUACUUGGAUUUAGUACCUUGUUUAGACACAUACGAUUUACUUUACAUUCUUUUAAAAAAAACAAAUUUGAAAGUCAAAAUGACUUUGUAUGGAGCAAAGUACAAAAGUCAUGAUGAAUGAAUAUAAUGCAUGUGACAACAUUCAAAAGAUGCAUUAUCUUUUUAGUUUUUGAUAUCUGCACGAGUUUGUAUUAUUUGGUAGAUGUUCCCAGGCUGUGCGAUAUAAAAGAAUACACUGUGGUUCUGUAGGUAUGGGGACUUUUUCUAUGGACUGCCAUUAAAUUGGGUUUUAAAUAAGCAGAGUCGAGGGUUUUCGAAGAGAAGGUGGGUAUACUCAAAGGCCGCCUGAUAAGCCUUUUAUUACCUGUACAAACAGUGCACCACAUAUCUUCAAUUUACAAUAGUUGAUUUAAUUUCAGAAAGUCAAUUUGUACUGACAUGGUGAAAAGGUAAUUUUAUACAUCUCACUUAGAGCACUGUAAAUAUGUGCCUGAAAAUGUGGACAGAAGUCCCAACAAUUUUGAUUCAUAUGAUCUUUGGCCACCAUAUCUAAGCUAUGUUGUAUGUGGAAGCUGACUUUAUUUGUUUUAUCAACACAUGAUGUUAUUAUUUACGUUUCUUUGAACAAAAAUACCUUCUCACCUGCUAAAUGAUAUAAAUUGUAUCAGUGGGAACACAAAACAUAUGCAGUCAAUGGCACAACACUUUCACGCCUCGGAGGUGAUGUAAAUUGUGUGAGUCGCGCUUUACAAAUGUAAAACACUUACAAUUAAUCACACAACUUUUGUAGAAAAGACCCCUGUCUGUUUGUGUAGUCUUGCAAAGUACAUUUGUAGGCCCUACUUAUAUGUGUAAUGUUUAUUAUUUAAGGGACUGAGAUGCAAAACCCACUACACCCAUUUGAGCAUGUUUGAGAAAAUCAGCUUUUUUUAAAUGCUGCUAUAAGCCUACUCACAAACAUACGUAAAAAGAAGAUUUUUUUGGUGGCUUUUAUGAAGUAUGUGUUGGGUUUUGGCCGAAAACUCUUUGUUCAUCUGAUAGCCGGUAACAAUGUGUAUUUAUAAGCACAAAAUUUUGAUUUUGUCCAGAAUGUUGCUUAACAGGUUUUGCAUCUCACCCCCCCCACAUAUAUUUGGUCUUUUUUAUGUUUUGCUGCUAGGUUUUCUUCUCAGUUGUCUUAAACUGCUGAACAUUUUCUUGCAUCUUGCCCUUCUGUCUCUAUUGGAAUAUUUCUUUCUUCUUUACAAGUUCAUAAUGGCAACAAGAAUUUCUCUUGUCUUCUUUCCCAAUGUCAAAGUUCGGUGUUUUGUCCUUUUUAUGUUGAGGAUGUUAAAAUAGAAAUAUUUCUAGAGUGAAAUAGCAUAGUUGAGCUGUGAGGUGAAUGACUUGCAAAUAUACAAGAUGUGAGUUUGAUUUCCUGCUCUGACGUGUAUGAUGUUGUAUUCUUAAGAAAGAUACUCUUCUAUAUUUUACUCAAUUCUCUUUACUGCAAAAUGGUGCCUGGCAGUCAGUGAAAAAGUGUGUGAAUGAUAAUGGUGUACACCUAACAAGUUACAAUGCUGUUUGUCCUCUUGGGACUUAAAAACUUUUUCCCACUCAGAAUUCAGUGAAAGUGAGGUGUGCUUGUUAGGGGCCUGAUAGGCCUAUUUCACACUUGUAUCAAAUAUACAAAAUGUUUCUGUUUGUCUUACUUUUUCCCGAGUGCGAAAUGGUGGCUAUUGCCCCCCCCCCCCCCCCCCCCCCCCCAAUAUAGCAAAUAUCUUAAAUUUACAAUAACUGAAUUGAUUUCAGGGAGUCGAUUUGAACUGCCAAUUUGAAAAAAAAUAAAAAAUUCUUGUUACUGUGAGGAAUUUUUAGGAAAGUUCUGAUUCCUUUGACGAGAGGAGUCAACCGAUUUCAAAGAGAUGAGUUUGUAUGUAUUUUACAGUUGUGUUUUCAAAUAUUUUUUGCACCACUGCAGCUUGGCCCCCAUGCUUCUAACAUAACCAGUGGGACUGGCAUAAUUUUCAGGAUGAUAGAUAACCAGAUAUGUCUGAGCUUGACACUGUGGUGCAACUGGGACAUCGCAUAAGUCAAUUUUUUCUGUAUAUCAUGAUAUAUGAAUUAAUUGUUUGAAAACAGUUCUGUUUUGGCUUGUUCCAAAACUCGCUGUUAUGUGUGAAGUUUUACUACUACUGGAUGAAAAUAGCUCAUGUUGCAUAAAUGAAGCUUUUGAUUCAGUGAUGAAAGUAAAGAAAAAAAGUGAUAGAAGGACUGACAACGGAGAUUCUACGUCUAGGUUGUUUUUAAUAAAUAAGACACUUCUGAUA